AUGGCAAGGCAGUAGGUCCAGAUGAUAUACCGUAUGAGUUCUACAAGAAUGGUGGGGAGGUAGAGAUAGAUAGAAUGACUGAAUUAUUCAACUGAGUCUGGGAUGAAGAGAGAGUGCCAAGAAAGUGGAAUGAGAGCCGAGUGUGUCUGUUGCAUAAGAGAGGAUUUAAGAGUAAGAAUGAGCUGAAGAACUACAGGCCAAUUGCAUUAGUGAAUACUAUAGGUAAAGUUUUCAGUGCAGUGUUGAACGAGAGACUGUUAAUGGAUUGAGAGAGCUGGAGUGCUGGGUGAAGAACAAAAUGGUUUUCGUGUGGAUAGGAGAGUUGAGGACAAUAUGUGUGUGGUGAAUGAAAUGAUUGAGAAGAAAAAGAAGGAUGGGGGUAAAUUGUACCAAGAUUUUAUGGAUAUAAAGAAAGCUUAUAAUAGCGUGAACAGAGAAAUGCUAGGUAGUGUCUUAGAAAAGAUUGGAUUGAAUGCAAAGAUAGUUAACAUAGUGCAAAGUAUGUAUGUGGACACAAGAGCUAGAUACAGACUGGGUGAAGAGUGAGAGAGGAGUUAGGCAGGGCUGUAUAUUGUCACCAACCCUUUUUAGCCUGGAGCUAGCAGCCAGGAUGAGAAGAAUGAAUGUAGGGGUAAAGUGUGGGGAAUGAUAAAGUAUGUGUGCUUCUUUAUGCAGAUAACGUAGUUGUUAUGAGUGAAUCGGCAGAUGAGCUUCAAAGUUUGUUGGAUGUUGUGGAUGGCUAUGGAAAAGACUUUGGAGUAAAGUUUAGCAGGAGAAAAGCAAGGUAAUGAUUGUGAAUAGGUCAGAGGAUGAAAGUAAUGUGGUAUGGUGACUUGGAGAGAAUGAGUUGAAACAGGUGCAAGAAUACAAGUACUUAGGGAUGUGGAUGAGUCCUAGUGGGUGUGUAAAGGCAAAGAAUGAAAAGAUAAGUGUGGUAAACCAGUGGGUAGGUCGAUUGGGAAGCGCGGCAAGGAUGAGAGCAAGUAUGAUGUGUUGAGAGAAGUGUGGAAGAGUGUGGCUGCGCCAAAUAUAAUGUAUGGUAUGGAUGUGAUUGCAUGGAAUGAAAGUUAAAUUGAUAAGUUAAAAGUGGGCCAGAAUAGAGUAGCAAGGAUGGCACUGAGUGCACCGAGGUGCACAGAGGUUGAAGCCUUGAGAGGUGAUAUGGGAUGGAGGACCUUUAGGGAAAGACUCACAAAAGCCACACUUAGGUACAAGAUUAGGCUUAAGGGAAUGGAUGAUGCAAGAAUAGCAAGGAAGGUGUACCUGUGGAAUAAAAGUGGAAGCAAAUGAGGAAGAGGUGCAUGAGAAUGACAGACAGGAAUGGAUUGCAAUUUGUGUGGGCCAUAAGAAAGGGUGGGAGGAAUAAAAAUGAGCGUGAAUGGGUGGUAACAAGAGGAGGCAGAGUGGGAGCUGAAUGGAUGUGAGAAAAUGGAAGAAUGAGACAAAGAAGUGAAAUGUGUGGGACUGAAUUAAAGAAUGAGAUGGAAAGAAAGAAGAUCCUGGAAUGGUACAAGGAGAAAGGGGCCCCGAGGUAUGAAAGGUGGUAUGAUGGAAGCCUGGACGGUGAUCUCUUCCGAGCGAGGGCAUAGUGUGUGGAUGUGAAUGCAAGGAGUUACAGGUGGUCUGAAUCCCACAGCAAAGUGUGCCAUAUGUGUGACAUGGGAGAGGAUGAGACGGUGGAACAUGUGGUGCUGGAGUGUGUGAAGUAUGCCAGAGACAGGAAUGAGAUGAUGCAAGUUAUACUGAAUGAGUUAGGGCGUGAUAGGAAUGAAAGAGUGGAGAAGACAGGAAAGGGAUGGAUGGUGUUGCUGGGAGCGUGUCGAGUGGCGAAUGAAAGGAUGAUUGAGGCGGUGAAAGGGUUUCUGGAGAGAAUGUGGCGUGCCGGAUGUAGGAACAAUUAGGAUAGAGGAUGCUGUUCGUUUCCCUUCCCCCCCCCCCCCUUCUACUGGAGUUGCCGAUCCAAAGGCCUGGCUCAGGAGUGAUCCUGAGCCACUUGUACGAUCAAGAUCAAGAUCAUGCACCAUCAAGCUCAAGAUAAAAAACGGCAGAAAGAUCAACGACAUUGGUUGUAGGCAGCUUCCUAUUUAUUUCUGGUGGUCAUCACUAACAGACCUGGGUGGUUCCCAAUACCCUGGACUUCAAGACACUCAGGCACACCAGGGUCUUCCUCCAGAAAACUGGACAGCUCACUAGACAUAUAACUGGUGUGCUGCCAGCACCUUCAGGGCACUAGAGGCUGUGGCACCACAGCUUGCAAGGCUCCCAAAUCAUCAACAAGAACAAGAACAACACAACAGUUCCAGAAUUUACCCCAUAGAAGGAAGAGCACCUCCACAGUAGUGAUAGCAUGCUAUUGAUCCUCCCCUGCAAGCUGCAUCUCAAGGUAACCUGAACAGCUACACACUACAGCCAGAACACCAGCAGCAUGCCAACACCCAGAGUCAAGAAUGAUGCAUCUCUGCAUAGCAUGGCACCUUCCAAUAAUGGCAAAAAAACAUCUCUUCGGUGCCCCAUACAAGCCUCAGCUGUUCCAACCAACCAUCAUGUGACAAUGCAGAAAGGAACACAAACUGAAGGCAUGAUGGAACCUCAGACUCAUCCCAUGGAAGAGUUCAAGAAGGAUCGACAGGUUCAGUCUUUGGAGGUAACCUGCAAUUGCUGUAUUAUGAAAGUAAAAGGAAGUGAUGCCCUUGGACAUCUUUUCUUUGGGCGUCUAAAAUGUGCCAACUGUAUGUUUAUCAUCAGCCAGUGUCAAAGGUUUAAGAAGAUUUAUCCUGCACCUGGUAAGUGCCCAAAGACUCAGAAAGCCCAUUCCUUGACACAGUGGGUAAUGCCUACGUUGAAUUACCUCUCUUACUGUGCCCGUAGAGAAACUGUCAUCUCUGGCUUCUAUGAGAAUGAUAAAUCUAACAUUGGUGAAGAUGUGUUGCAUGAUAUAAUUGCAUCAUAUCUGAGGUCACUGUUACCUCUAAAGAAUUUACUGCCCUGGAAAUCAGCCUUUACUGAUCCAUCAAUUCAAACAAUCAUGAAGACUAAGGUCUUGGUAUCUCAGCCUCAGAAAUCAGAACCUGAAGAUAAAGUGGUGCAGCAGAGUCAGACAGAAGGUACACAGCAGGUUAGCCUAUCUUCAACAAGCUCAUCAGCACAUGCAGCACCAAAAUUCAGUCCUUUGAAGAGAAAAAUGGUGCAAGAGAGAGACAACCAACAAAGUACACCAGCAAGACAAAAGGAUCAGAACAAUCCUCCAGUGAUCACUCAUGCUACAAGAGCAUCACAACAAAAGGCUAAGGUAAAAGAGGAAGAGAGUAGCAAGAUGAAAUACAAAGAUCCUCCACCAGCAAUUCAAGCACCCAAAAAAUCAACCCCACAGAAGAGAAAGACACAGCAAAACAGUACAAAAGAUACCAGCCAGGACACCACCAUGGCUAACAACACACUGGUGGUGACAAAAAGAACAUCAGACCUUAGUGAGGAGAAUUCUAGUGAUCUGUCUCAGGUUAAAAAAGAAAGGAAGCCAGGAAAGGGAAACAAGAAGCCUUACUUGGACAUUAUACCAAAAAAUGUGUUGCAUUCCAUGAAUUAUCUGGUUGUACAGCUUUCAGCAGAGGAAUGUCUUGAAGAGUGUCCAAAUUGUUAUUGUCCAUUCAAUGCUGAGAUGUGUUGUGUGAAUAUCUCCUCAUUGGUUAUAGACUUUUUGUGUCCCAACUGUGACCUUGCAGUGUAUGUAAUGCCAGAGGAGCUUUAUAGUGAGCCAGCAUAGCAGUACACCAAAUAAAGGGAUUAGCUGGUGGAGUGAUGGAAAAGUGGAGGAGGUAUUUAUGAUAUCUUGAUGCAGGAGUGAGGCAGGGAUGCAUUUUGUCCCCACCCUUUGCAGCACAGUGGAACCUCGGUUACUGAAUGCCUCCCUUUUUCAGACAAAAUUUUGAACUCAUUGCAUUGGUUGCAGUAUCAUAAUUAAUUUCAAGAACAAAGUUACUUGAUUUCAAAUGUUAAGAGACAGCAAAAGCUGCUGUUUAUUAUUAAUUUAUAGUUUCUACAAAUAUUUACUUUGUUUUUAUAUAUUUGCAAGAGAGACAUAGUGUAAGACAGGAAUUCAAUCUGAAAUAACACAGAUCUGAUCCUGUUUAAAAGCCUCGAUGUAAACAAACAGUUUUCAGCACACAGGAGUUAUCUCGAGCCACCUGUGGCUCUCUCAGUGACCCCUAACACCAUCAUUAUUACACAACUGCAUUUUUCCAGUAGCUUUUCCCAGCAGCAAGAUGUCUAAGUGUUAUGAUCACCUUCAUUUUGGCGAUAAGUGGGUUGCUCUUUUCUGUGUCUUUCUGGAAGGCUUCCCUCACUAGAUCGGUGACAAAGAGAAUACCUGAACAGUAAACCCUAUCUUCUGAUGAGUUCUGUGUCACUAAGUUCAUUCAGUACAUCCUUUCUGGAUAAAUUGUGAGCUGGAGAUGUGAAUGUCGUAACCCUCCAACUUACCUUUAACAUAAGUUAGAGUUUAUGCAGGAACUGCUUCAGGUACUUUGGCAAAAAUUUAAAGUCUAAGUCCAGGUUACUGAGAGUUAAGGCCAGGUUUCUCACAGCAGGGUAUAAACACAGUUUAUAUAAA